AUGGAAGGGAGCAUCACCCACGAGCAUUAAAGGCGGUGUAAGUGAAGAGAGGAGGCAUGGUUGCAUCCCAUUUUCUCUCUUUUCUUUUAUAUUUCCUUAAGAGCUAGUCUUUUAAGUCUUCCCCCACCUUCCCCACCAAAAGCACAAAAGUGCGUAUGGCAGACCCCAACCCCUCCAUGUUCCAACUUCCCUUACCUGUCCCCACCUUCCUUCCUUUCCUUUUUAAAAACCCCACCUCUCUCCGUUUCCUCUCAUCCAUUCUCAUUCCUCCACUUCUCUUAUUUCCUCCUCUUCCUUUCUUCAUCUCCAUCUUUCCCAUACUACUUAGAAUUCCAUUACAACACUACCACACACAUAAUAGUUAGUAUUCAUUUACGACAACACCACCCAACUCCAAAUUCCAUUAUAACAUUACUAUCAUAUCAGCAACAACAACCAUGUGCAGCAGCACCAAGGAUAACACUGCAUGCCAUGGUGUGGCUCAGAUCAAUGGACGUCCGGUCUUGCAGCCUGCUUGCAAUCGUGUUGCCAGUGUCGAAGGGCGGCAAAACCUCAAGAAGAAGUGCCCUCCAAAAUCACUUCCUCCAACUACUACUACCAUUACUAAUAAUUCUAAGGUUGCUUUGACGCCGCAUAAGGUCUCCCCUCCUAUUUCUCCUAAGUAUAAGAUGCCGCUGAGACCCGUUCUUAAGAAGGAAGACCCCAACGGGCUCAAUUCGAGUGUUGAAAAGCCUGCAACACCGAAAUCUAAUACCCCAAAAACGACGAUGUUGCUGAGACAGAAGUCGAAGAAAUUGGGCGUUGUUGGAAGCGGUGAUGCGGGGGAUGUUUCUCAUGAGUCUUUGUGGAAUUUCAAUUCUUUCAUCAGUGAUGCGCCUGGGAGCAUUGCUGUGGCGAGGAGGGAGCAAGUAUCCCUCAUGCAAGCGCAGCGGAAGAUGAGAAUUGCUCAUUAUGGGAGAACACCGGCGAAGCUUGAAGGGAAGGCAGCUCAAAUUGACUCUUCUUUGAUGGCUAAUGCUACUCAAGAGGGGAAGAGAUGUAGCUUCAUUACACCCAAUUCAGAUCCUUUGUAUGUUGCUUACCAUGAUGAAGAAUGGGGAGUUCCUGUCCACGACGACAAGAUGUUGUUUGAAUUGCUUGUCUUAACAGGUGCACAAGUUGGGAUGGAUUGGACUUCUAUCUUGAGAAAACGCCAUGAUUUCAGGGCUGCUUUCGCCAGAUUUGAUGUAGAAAUUGUCGCCAACUUCACAGAAAGACAAAUAGCAUCAGUGGCCACAGAUUGCAACAUGGAUUUAAACAAGGUUCGAGGUGCCGUCGAUAAUGCUAACAGAAUCCUCCAGAUAAGAAGGGAAUUCGGCUCAUUCGACAAAUAUCUAUGGUUUUUCGUGAAUAACAAGCCCAUCUCCACCCAAUACAAGUCGUGCAGGAAGAUCCCCGUCAAGACUUCUAAGUCGGAGACCAUAAGCAAAGAUAUGAUCAGGAGAGGAUUCAGGUUGGUGGGCCCCACCGUGGUCCACUCAUUCAUGCAAGCGGCGGGCCUCACCAACGACCACCUGAUUACCUGCCCACGCCACCUUCAAUGCAUUGCACUGGCUUCCCACCACCCCACUGUGGCCCCUGCCCUCUAACCACACAAGCUGGAAAGAAAUUAAAAGAAGAAGAAAAGAACUACAGUAGCUAAAAGGAGUAGAAGAUGUGAUAAUCUAUACAUGAUUUUCCUAACUAUCUGUCACUUUUUUUUUUAUUGCUUGUGACUGUGUGUACAUUAUUGUGAAAGAAAGCAAAGUUGUGUGAGUUUGUGAGA